CGUCUCUUCGACUCGACCUUCAAGCUUCAAGUUAAAAGCUCUAGAUUCCUGUAACUGCAUUGACACCACUCUCAUCAGCCUUAGGACUUCCUUUCUCUCAAGGUUUUCCCUCUUUGUUAUAGACCUUGCCACUACUGUGAUAAACAAUAAAUUGGGAAGGCAAUGAUAUCACCAGGGCAGGCACCAUGACCAGAACAUGCACGCGAACAACAUGCCGAACACACGAGUUCACACCAGCUUCUACUCGGACUUAGUCUAUUUUCUACCAAGCAGGCCUUCGCCUGGUGGAUGAUACACCCCGGACCCUGCGCUUACUCGCAGAACAAUUGCAUCUCCGAAAUGACUUCUUGGAUACUUCGAAACCAUGUUCCGGAGGGUUGAAUAUGAACGCCUCGAGGUGGCUUGCGCCGCCCCCUUCCGAGUACUAUUAGCUGGUUUGACUGCAGGCAGACUGUCUGUUCCUUACCUCCACCACGUACCUCCACCUUCCUACUCUGUACGCCUCUCGGGUACUUUUCUUGUCGAUCCUGACGACUGUUCGCAUCUCAUUAGUGUCACAGCAUGAGCCAACCUACCGCUGGCACACCUGCGGAGUUGUCCGCCUGGCUCUUCUUCCAGCUCGCAGCUGGUCAUGUCGGCCUUCCCAUCCUCGUUGCUACUCUCAUAUUCUCCAAGACCGCCAGACAACACCCGACUCUGGUCAAUGUUUGCCUAACAUACAUCAUAUCUGGUGUUAGCUCCGCACUCUUGUUCUAUGUCGGGAAACAUAGUGGACCAGAGCCGGGUCAGUCAAUAUGCGUGGCUCAAGCCUCGCUCAUGGACGGUCUGCCCAUUUUUACGACCACUGCCACACUGUCUCUCGUGCUCUACCUUUGGAAGUCAUUGAUAUCAGAUGAAGAGUUCUUCGUGCCGUCUCGGAAGAAGCUUAUGGCUAACAUCGGGCUUCUUCUCGUACCGUACCUCAUGUUCGGUAUUUUUGUUGGCACCACAGUCGCUCUGUCUCUCAAGCAUGUCGACCAAGUCAACCGAGAACAACAAUACUUCUACUGUUCUUUAAACUGGGAACCGUUGUACGUUAUUCUACGCAAUGAAGAUGAAGUGAAACUAUACGUGAUUUAUGCACUUCACAGGAGUCUCGCUGUUUCUAUACUCUCCACUCUAGCCUGCUUGGUGACUCUAGCAUUGGAAGCACACAUGAUAUACUUUUUGAAGAAGUAUUGGCAAGCAAUUCAGCGAUCAGGAUAUAUUGAAGAGAUAGACUUCCAUUUGUUCAUUCGGGUCGGAAUCUUCACGUUGUAUCAGACGGCAUCGAUCGUUAUCGACUUGGUGUCUAUUGAAAGCAACUUGGGUGUUUUGCCACAAAUGUUCUCUGCCUCAGUCAGCAUGGUCCUCUUCCUCUUGCUUGCCUCCCAUCCCGCCAUCAUCCAAACCUGGUCAUUCAGAAGAUCCGCCAACAAACUCUCACUUCCCUGGUACCACUCACAAAGCCAAGACUCAGUCCCGAUUCAGAACUUCCGUGCUACCAACGCAUCAGGGUUGUCAGCUGUGACUACUCGUACUGGUACUUCUUCGACUCUUUACACGAAAGAUUAUGAGAACAAGGCCGCGCCGCCGCCGCAUGUGGGUGCUACUACGAGGGGAGGCCCGGGUGUGACUAUCAUUGGAAGACCCGAAGACGCGUUUUCGAGGAAGAUGUGGCAGAAGCAGAGAUCGACUAUCUCGACGUGGGGGUUCUGAGUGAGUUGUAAAUGAGUAUGGACUGUGAUAUGUGAAGGCCUGGAGUCUGUUGUACUCUGAUAGGAAAUGAACCAUUUAUGGACUGUACAUUAGCGUUUUCAGUUUUUCUGUGUUUGUGACUCAUGCAUCCCCUCUUUCGCAGACGCAUGACCAUCCAUGACUUUAGUUCCUGUAACAUACCUGCAUUGGAUUCAGACUGUCGUUACCUACACUCGUUAUCUUGUAUCAAACUGUUGUACAUUAGCAAUCCAUAUGAGCGGCUCGACGUCGCGCGAUACUGUAGUAUCAAUGUCAUACAUUGGGCU